AAGAUGGCAGUGAGUUCUGAAGAUGGACAUUGCAAAUAUAGACUGGUUGCUUUCAUUAUGCUAUUUAACAUAUCGUUAAGCACCGCAGUCAGUCUCGAUUUAACGGAGUUGCGAAAUAAAGUUUCCAAAAUAAAUGUGCAUCCACGUGGGAAUCUCUGGGCAACAGGUCAUUUCAUGGGCAAGAAGAGUAUUCCAAGCAGCCAGUUCCAGGACUCUCCAUUCUCCUCAAAGCUCCCCAGGAAUACUAUGGGCGAAUCAGGGAGUUGGGGGGAUUUGAGGGAGAUGAUUACUCAGGAGGUGCUCAAAGUUGCUCUUCAGGCUCAGCUUGAAGAUCCAAAGAGGACACAGGAUCUUUAUAAUCAGGAUACGGACUUCAUGGUAAAGCUUUUGAAAAACUACAUUGAAAAAAGGAACCUAUAG